AUGAAGGAUACUACUAUUGAAGACGGUACAUUCGAGAAAUCGAGUCUCGGGGAUAAAUUCACGGCUUCUAAGCAUGACUGGGAAAACCCGCGCAUUUUCCAGCGCAACAAGCUCCCUCCUCGCGCCUACUUUCUCCCCGACACGUCGCUUUCUCUGAACGGGAGAUGGAAGUUUUAUUAUGCCCUGUCGCCGAACUUUGCUCCGACAAUAUCUUCCCUACAGAGCGAUGCCCCAUCUGAAUCCAAGGACUGGACAACCAUCUCUGUUCCUGGCCACUGGCAGCUGCAGGGUCACGGAAGUCCGAAUUAUACCAACACCAUUUUCCCGUUUCCCUGUGACCCGCCAAACGUGCCAAGUCAAAACCCAACAGGUACGUACCGAAGAUCGUUCACCGUCCCACCUGACUGGGACUCGUCGGCGCAGAUACGACUCCGAUUCGAUGGAGUCGAUAGUGCGUACCAUCUCUUCGUGAAUGGUCAUGAAGUAGGAUAUGCGCAGGGGAGUCGCAAUCCGUCCGAGUUCGACAUUACAGACGUCGCUUUUCGCGAGGGAAACAAUGACCUGGUUGUUCGUGUUUAUCAGUGGUCGGAUGGAUCGUAUAUUGAGGAUCAGGAUCAAUGGUGGCUCUCUGGAAUCUUCAGAGACGUUACUUUACUUGCGUUCCCCGCUGUAGCCCGCAUUGAAGACUUUUCUGCAGCCACCGAGUUCGACCAAUCUUACAAUGACGCUGUCUUGAACGUCACCGUGAGCCUAUCAGUCGAUGAGCCAGUCCUGUUGGAGGCUAUUUUGAGGUGUCCUAACAGUCCACGUGUGAUCGGAUCGACGCAAUCUUCAAGAACUAAGAGCGGAGAGACUUUUCUCACAAUCCCCGUGAAGAGUCCACAGAAUUGGACCGCAGAAAAGCCAUACCUUUACGAUCUCCAUCUAAAUCUGCAAACUGAGAGCGGCAAGAAGUUACAGGAAAUCAGACACCGUAUUGGAUUCCGUCAAGUGGAGAUCAAAAAUGGAAACAUCACUGUCAACGGUACCCCGAUUCUCUUCCGAGGUGCUAAUCGCCAUGAUCAUCAUCCACUGUUUGGUCGGGCGGUCCCUCUCUCCUUCCUUCGAGAAGACCUUCUCUUAAUGAAGCGCCACAAUCUCAAUUCUCUGCGUUGCUGCCACUACCCAUCCCAUCCAAAGCUCUACGAACUAUGUGAUGAGCUUGGUUUGUGGGUCAUGGAUGAAGCGGACCUGGAGUGUCACGGCUUCUACGAUGCAGUCGCUCGUCCCCUUGACAUUCCGGAGUCGAUGGAUUAUGAAGAACGGAAGAAAUUGACCUUCGACAAAGCUGCACAGUAUACCAGCAACAACCCAGAGUGGAAGGAGGCAUAUCUUGAUCGCGCCAGACAGAUGGUUCACCGCGAUAGAAAUCAUGCAUGUGUGGUGAUCUGGUCUCUUGGGAAUGAAGCCUUCUAUGGGCAGAAUCAUCAGGCUAUGUAUGACUACAUCAGAUCUGUCGAUCCUACCAGGCCGAUUCACUACGAAGGAGACACUCAGGCACAAUCGGCCGAUAUGUUUUCAUAUAUGUACCCGUCGGUCAACCGCAUCGAGAAAUUGGCUGUGGCGGAGGGAGACAGUUUCUCGAAGCCGAUCGUUCUUUGCGAGUACGGCCAUGCAAUGGGCAAUGCCCCUGGUGGUCUGGAAGAGUACGUGAAGGCAUUCCGGAAACACCGUCGACUGCAGGGGGGGUGGAUUUGGGAAUGGGCGAAUCAUGGCCUGUGGGAUGAGAAGCGAGGUUUCUAUGGGUACGGUGGAGACUUUGGCGACUAUCCCAAUGAUGGAUCCUUUGUCAUGGAUGGUCUUUGCUUUAGCAAUCACACCCCGACUCCGGGGCUCGUCGAGUUGCGAAAGGCUUACUCACCUGUUCACGGGUGGUACACCGAUGGCUCCAUUCAUGUUGAGAACCGAUACGACUUUGUUGGACUGGACCAUCUGCAAGCGGUCUACCGCGUGGAAACUCUUGAUGAAGAGUCUUCUAUCAUUUCCACCGGUCACCUCGAGCUUCCGAUGAUAAAUCCUGGGGAACGUGGGAGCAUAAAAUUUAAUCUGGACAUACCCCAGAUCUCAGAAGGAGAGGUAUGGCUCACUGUUAGCUUCCAGAAUACCAAGUCCACAGCCUGGGCGCUCAACGGACACGAGGUCGCUUGGUUCCAGAGUCCUCUAAGGGUCCAGCCCGUUGCGCGUCCGUUAUCGCCUAAGUUUCCCCUCAAGCUCGAUUCCACUCUCUCCGUCUAUACUGUCACUGGACAUGCCUUUGAAAUUGAGUUCUCUCGUUCCACCGGUGGAUUACAGAGCUGGAUCGUCAAAGGCAAUCAGCUGCUGGACCCCGAUCUAAAGACAGGAACUGCCUUGGGUCCAGGCUUCUGGCGUCCACCCACAGACAAUGAUAUACCCUGGGCUCUCGGUGAGCGACGGCGUUACGGAAUGGACGAUAUACGAUCUCAACUUCGUUCCAUGGAGGUUUCCCAUAUCGACAGCGGAUCUAAUGUCAGUAUCAUAACCACAACCUGGCUAGGACCUCCGGUUCUCGCUUGGGGAUUCAAGGCAGAAACUAUAUACACCAUCACCAAUGAUGGUACUUUGAACGUAUCACUACAUUUACAACCGCGAGGAUCCAUGCCUGCAGACCUUCCGCGCAUGGGCUUGGAUUUGCAUCUGGGCGACGCACUGGAUAAUGCCAAAUGGCUUGGUCUUGGACCAGGAGAGACCUACGCAGACAAGAAGCGGUCGCAGAAAUUGGGGAUCUACAAGGCAAAUAUAGAACAGCUUCAUACGCCAUAUGAAGUUCCGCAAGAGGGUGGAAAUCGAUCGGAGACUAGAUGGUUGCAGCUUAGUGAUCAAUGUGGCUGGGGGGUUAAGAUCUUCAGGGAUUCGGUGGACACGGAUAGGGAUCCUGCUACUUCGUUUCAGUGGGCUGCAUCUCGCUAUACGGCGGAGCAGAUUGAGGCUGCUAAGCAUCCUUGCGAUCUUGUUCCUGGAAAGAGGGUUCUUGUUCGGAUUGAUGCUGAAUCUAGUGGGGUUGGCACAGGGGCUUGUGGUCCGACUACUUUGGAGAAGUAUCUGGUUCCUUGUGAGGAGCGGAAGUUUCAGUUUUCCUUUGUGCCCUGCUUCACCGAGGGGUACUGA